AUGUGCCCAGAGGAGAAUGGCUGCUCCACCUGCCAGCAGAGGCUCUUCCUGCUCAUCCGCCGUGAGGGCAUCCGCCAGUACGGCAAGUGCGUGCACGACUGUCCACUCGGCUUCUUCGGCAUCCGCGGCCAGGAGGUCAACAGGUGCAAAAAAUGCGGGGCUACAUGUGACAGCUGCUUCAGCCAGGACUUCUGCAUCCGCUGCAAGAGACGAUUCUUUCUGCACAAGGGGAAGUGUCUGCCCACCUGCCCACCAGGCACCUUGACCCACCAGAGCACCUGGGAGUGCCAGGAUGACCACACCUAUAAACCCUCAAAAGACAAACAGCAGGCCUGAAGAAGGCUAGAUAGACAUCAGUCACCUUCCAAAGACUUCUGGACCCAUCAUGUCUGAGAAGAAGUCUUUGUCCUUUCCAUGCACACUUGUUUCCCAAUUGAACCCCUAUUACCUAAGUGACUAUACUUGUAGCCUUAUUGGUCAAUCAUAGCUGUAGCCCACAUUGUACCCAUGUGGGUUUCACUCUAUAAAACUUGCCUGUAAAGUGGAGUCCCUGGCUACCCAUUCUGCCUCUCAGGAGCUGUGUCU